ACCAAAAGGAAAAAUGUAGAAUAGCGAAAGAAUUAAAUAAUAGCAGAAAUUUUUGCAACGGAUCAAAAGUGAACAAAACGUAGUCGUUUUUAGACAAGUGAAUGAUCCACACGGCAUCUUCAUUACAAGUACCAGAUGGGAGAGCUGUUACUCGUAGAGAUAAAAAGGUCGACGAACGUCCAGACUUUGGUGUGGCGAGAGACGGAGAGAAAAUUGAACUCAAGGUUGGAAAUGGCUUCGAUGACAGCGCCAACAAGCACCUAUUCGGGCUACUGUCAUAAAAAGAAUCACAGCAAAAACCGCAAUAGUUUUGGCCGUCCCCGAAUCCUCUUUUCUCAUCAGCAAAACGACAAGAACAGCCACGACGAAACCACCGACCAAAUUCCUCGAAGGGAAAUCAUACUAAGGAGUAGUGAAUUAGCAGUAGUUGGGGCCAUUUUCAAUCUAAGUGGCAAAAGACCUGAAUACUUGGGAGUGCAGAAGAACCAAGCAGCACUAUCUCUGUGUCCAGCCACAAAGAACUGUGUGUCCACUUCGGAAGAUGUCAGCGAUCUAAUCCAUUAUGCUCCUCCUUGGAACUAUAAUGGAAGUAGAGAAAAGCCUGUUAGCAAAGAAGUGGCGAUCGAGGAGCUUCUUCAAGUGAUAGAAUCAACAAAACCAGAUAGGUUUACCCCGCGAAUUGCAGAAAAGACUGAUGACUAUGUGCAUGUUGAGUACCAAAGCCCUAUUUUGGGGUUAGUAGAUGAUGUUGAGUUCUGGUUUCCACCUGGCAAUAACUCCAUCGUGGAGUAUCGAUCUGCAUCGCGAUUGGGAAACUUUGACUUUGAUUACAAUAGAAAGAGAAUUAAGACAUUGCGACUAGAAUUGGAGAAAAAAGGAUGGACUUCUGCAGAAAGCUUCUGAAGAGAGAAGGGGGCCCUUCUGAUACUGGAAGUCUCAUAGCGUUGAGCAAUUAGAAUUUUAAGGAUAAGGAAUAAAUUGAUGCAUUCAUUCUUUUAUAAAACUCAAGUAGCUUCUGAAUCAGAACUGAAAUAUCAUCUUGCAAAUUGUAAUGAAUUUGAAUCUAUCAUGAUUGGAUUUCAUUGUGCA